CCUACAUGGCAGGUCGUAUCACUGCCCACCGUUCGUUAUUCCAAACCUCUACAACACAAACUAAUUACUGAUCCAUUAUGAUAGAGAUGACACCUAUGUGUAUCAAUCAAGGACAGAUACGAUGACGUCAUUGAUGAUAUGACGUAGACAGUGGUCUUAUUGAGGAGGGGACCAAUCUAAGACCAUGGGGAUUGGUGCGUUGCUAUGGAUAUUAUUCCUGGUUCGAUAUUCAGAAUGUACGUGCACACUGCCAACCAAUCUAGUAGGGUCCUGGACGAGCAGCGAGCAAGGUUCUAUGACCUUCACCUCUACCUCGCUUCUAAGCUACCCGACAACGACCUUCGGCACGUUCACUUUUACCUGUGAUUCUUAUUCUGGUUCACAAUACGUCCUCAAGUCCCCAUCUUUUACCUACCUAACUCUCCCGUUUGAGGCCUACCUUUGUUUAGUUCUAACAGAAAUAUCAUCGACGAAAUUCACAUAUUUCAUUGGCACAGAGACGAACAGUUAUGCCGGAAACGACCGGUUAAAGACGUCCAAUCCGUCUACAACGCUAAACGUAUCGGACGUAUGUGACCGGUCAUCGUACCCCACCGGAACAUACUACGUACUGGUCAAGGAUGGCGAGAUUAACAGUGCCCAAACAGACUGCCCAACAGACCUCCUCGGACAAUGGACUUAUACCUAUAACAACGGAAGCGGAAGUGACGUAUGCUCUGGUAACACAACCUCAGCAGAUGUGUGUAAUACGACUACCGGUAUAAGUCUGUCAUACACAUCAUGUAGCCAGAUGGUCAUGUAUUCAAGUAGUGGAUUUCUGUACUGUCUGUACAGUUUCACUGACAGUUCUAUGACGUACAUUAACCUGUAUAACACGGACAGCACGACAGAUGAGUCGUCAACCUACCGCUUUACCUGUCUGGUUAUGACAGAGUCAGGCGAUGACCGGUACAUCACACAGUAUCCUAAACAAUGCCAUGAAAACCAGAACUCUUCUUCAGUACUUUCACCGGGAACAAGCCUCGUUUUCAGCCUCUCAAGUACCUGUGCAACCUCUGAUGUCGUGAGUGCUGCAACGCUUGCUGUAGCGCUUGCUGUCGUGAUCCCUCUCAUCGUUAUCAUCGUUGCCUGCAUCAUCUCCUACUUCUGUUGGGUGAACUACCAGAAGAAGAAAAUAGAGGAAGCUGCAAGGCCAGAUCCUAAAUUCGCAAAUGGCGAAAUUCGCAAUAGACGUAAAAACAUUCACGAUGGCGUAAUACAUCCGGAUCAGAACGGAAUCAUGAUACGCCGAGAGGAAUCUAUCGUUAUAUCUGUGCCCCUUUCGGCACGUGACGACGAUAACCAAUCACCAUUGUCGGAAUUGGAUGACUAUGGUCAGGAUGUAGAUUCGGACGAUGACGAAUAUGAAGUGAAGGAUAUCACAGAGUUUUCUUUGACUGACGAUAUUCCGGAAAUAGUGGUUCACUCUGCAACGCCUAAUCCUCGGGACGAUAACCCGGUAGAGACCGGUACAGACGUAAAAAGUGCUAAAAUUAAAAAGAAGCGGCGCCGACGGAGGAAAAGUGCAAGAAGUCGAGUCUCGACAAUUACGGAGUCCAGACAGGAUGCAGACAUAAAGACCAAAAGGAAAUCUCACUCACACAUGAAGAAAAGCCAUCUAAAUACAAAAGAUAAAAUCACAUUCGGCACCUCAACGGUUCUAUUGAAGAUGCCAGUGAAACGACAGAAAAAGAAAAAAAAGUACUUGGCAAUGAAUGAAGAAGGAAAGGAUGGGUUGCCAGAUGUGGACGAGAAAGAGAAAGUAGCUCCAUCCGACAAGCCAACCGUUAAAGAAGAAUCCCUCAGAGAGAAGGCUUAUAAGAUGAGGAUGAAAAAAGGAGAAACGUUGGCAGACCUCAUCAAGAAAAAGAAGAAGGUGCCGAUUUUAAAACACCCCAUGGAGUCGAGUUACCAAGAUUUACCGAAUGGCAAGCCGCCAACCAGUAGCUGGGGUUCACGACGCGGCACCACGCCCAAAACUGCCCCCUCUCUGAUUCAGGUAGAACAGGCAGAUAUCAACGACGACAGCAUGGUGAUGUUCAGAAGAGCAAUUACAGACUUGGAAUUAAAACCCCAGGAAUCCUCUCGUGUGAAGGUACCAGAGAAGGUGACGUUUUUCGAGCCUUCCAAACCAGGUGGGGACUUAUGGAAGCAAAUGCGCGGUAUGUGGAAUCUAGCCAGCCAUGCUAUCUCAAAUCCGAAUGUGGGUUCGAGUUCCGCUCUCCAAAGUGCAAAGAAAAAAAAGAAAGGAAAAGUGAGGAAGAUUCAAAUAUGAUGCGUGGCACUUCCGGUAAACGUUGCGUCAGACCAUGUAAAUGGCGUUGAAGUGUUUGUACUCCUAUCCCCCGACGAAGUUGGAUCAUUUCAGUAAAACACAUAUUGAACAAUGCUUCACAUUUAUGUGUAUGUGAGAUAUACAGAUCAUAACAAUGUUAAACGUUCUGCAACCCUGUUCUUAUUAUUUGUUAUGUGGAAUGUCAAGACCAUUGUUUAUUCUCAUUAAGUGUCUUUAAUAAACUUUAUAAUGACCAUCGUUUAUUGUUUAGUAUUUCUUAGAUUAUGAUACACACGUUUUUUUCUUACGCUAGACAUGGUUUAUGACCGUCCGAGAGAUUACCUAGCUGAGACCUCUGCAUGUUCUUAUGCUUCUAUAUUUGAAACAGCAUCUCAUUAUUUCCUUGAUUGUAUAAAAUACACUGAACAUCGUACUAUCCUUUUUCAGAAUAUAUUCCAUGAAACUGGAUGGUUGUGAGAGAUGUGAUGAAAAUGAAAAAAAAAAAAAAAAAUCCUAUCUGUAUCCAGUUACAUUUCAAGUUCUAGAAGAUUCAGGACACUUAACUAAAACAAAUGAAAAUAAUCAUUCAUUCAUUCCUCUUAAUUCAUUCAUUCCUCUUCAUUCAUUCAUUCCUCUACAUUAAUUCUAUCAUUUGCUCAAUAAUGCAAUCCUUCUGAUUUCCAGAAAUGGUACAUUAACAUUUCCUUUUUUUCUCUUUGUUUAUUUUGUAAAUUUUUAAUAUUGAUGAUGAGGAGGGCUGAUUUUCAGUUAUACUAUUUUGCUAAAAUAUUGGGGAAAACUGCAUAAAUAAGAAUAUAAUGCUUUACAACAUGUUUAUUUUAUCUUUAAUCUGUCUUUAAUAUGAAUAAAUUAAUCUACUUGGUAGAAUUAAAUUUCCAAACUCAUCGGUGAAUGACUUUGUGUGAUACAUUGGACUAUUUCGCCUGUAACUGUUUGAUGCGGUAAUUUAAGCCCAUUGAUGCGGUAAUUUAAGCCCAUCAAAUGUUGAUACAUGCAGCUCCAUAUUCUUUUUAUUUUCUCUUGAUAACAUGUAUAUAUAUAUAUUUAUUUUCGGUACCAAAAUAAAAGGUUAGA